UAACGCGAUUGGGGACAUAAUGACCAUCUUGCAAAUUGCUAAAAAGCAGCUACCACUUGUACAACUUAAACCAGAUGAUUUCCAUCCUCACCAAGACCAACAGGGUUGCCAGGGGGGUAUUGGAGAUGCAAAAAAUGUGGCUGUAACGGUAGACAAAGAGGUCCUGGAAAGAGAGAGUAGAAUAUACGGUCGCUCAGAAAACUGGACACUUUCCAAAUAUGAACAAGCAAUCAACAGAUGUGCCUUAGCUUGUUGUGAAGAGGAUGUCAGUCUCCUUAAAGAUAGGAAAAAGCUCUUCGAGUUAGCAAGAGAAAAGGCUGAUUCCGGUGGAUACAGUUACAAGAAACAGAGAUCUAGAUCAAAAGUGUUCGGUGAUGAAAAAAUGGCCAAGGAAGGUGCAAAGCGUCAGAAGUUGCUGUUCGACCAACGUCAGCGACGAACUGAGGAGUUGGUGGAGGAUAUGACAAGUGCCACAGAUACCAUAAAGUUGUUAGAGCUUCAAAGAAGCAAGUUUGUGACUGGCGAAAAGUACCUUCAAGCCGCUGAAGUGGUCUCCCAAAUAACCGAAUGGCGAGGGAAACAGAGAAAGCUGCAAGGAGAGCUUAGUAAGCUUCAAAAGGCUGAUGCUCAAGGGCAGAGCAGAGCUGAAAACCAUGGAAAGGUUUAUCAUUAGUAAAUCGAAAGGACCAAGUGAUGUGUCUACCU